AAAUAUUCAACAACUGUGCUGGCAGCCCUAAUCAAAUACUGUGCUUCCUUUUUCUGAAUCAACCGAGUAUAGUGUUGAAACAAACGCAAAGUAUUCAAACUUCUACAAAAUCCCAUCAUCAGAAAUCAAAAUCCAACAAUAUUCAAUCUACUGAUUGUCUUCAAUACUUCACAGUCUCUCUCUUCUCGGGCCUUCACUCACUUGAUUUGUAUGCAGAGUUGAAGAACAGAAAGUGGGUGCCAUAAGAAGAGGGAAGGGAGAUUUGAGAAAUGGGGUUGUUUGGGUAAUAGGGGGAGGGGAUAAGAUGAGAAAGUAACAGUAUUGUUUUUGGCUUAAUUUGUUUGUCCUUUGGAGUUGUCGACAAGGCAGAAAGCAGUGGGAAGAGGAUAAGGAGGAGGGGUUGCCUUGGAAUUGGAGAAGUGGAGAGGCUGUUUGCGGACACUGGUCGCCGCUGUACAACCCACAUGCCCUUUCAAAUGGCCAAUGAAUCUGUAGAUUCCUAAAACCCCACUAACCCCACCACCUAUACCGCAAAGAAAACCCUCUGCAGAUUGCUCGGAGUGUUGGUUUUUGGUGUUUUGAUUCGCCGCAUCUCAUCAAUGCAAGUCUCUUCACAAGCCUUUUCCAACCACCACUUUUCCUUCCACCCAUCUCUUCCUCUCCGUCGUUUUGGCAACAAGGAAUCAGUGGUUUUCUUUUCAUCAUCUUUUCUAUCUUCGUGCACUUAUAAAGGACUUCAUAUAGGGUGCCCUCCAUGUAGACAGCCAAGUUUGAGAAAUUCAAAUAACUUUGCUCUAAAUAGCAUCUUAUGUACUCCAAAGAAAUAUAGUGGUGUAUCUCAGCACUAUUUCAACCCAAAAGUGGAGUUUGACAGCCCAUAUGUUGAUAAUAAGUUGCAGAACUGGAAUAAAUUUUCCAGAAAUAUUGUUGUAAGGUCUGAGCUUGCUGAAACUGGAUAUCCUGAUGCUGGCUAUCCAUUAUCAGAUCUUCAAUUGAGCUCUAAAUUUAGAGGAAUUUGCUUCUAUGCUGUUACGGCUUUUGCUGCCAUUUUUUUGUUUGUGCUGAUGAUGCUGGCACAUCCUUUUGUGCUCCUAUUGGAUAGAUACAAAAGAAAAGCCCAUCACCUUGUUGCCAAAAUUUGGGCAACUUUAACUGUUAGUCCAUUCUAUAAGAUUGAGUUUGAGGGGUUGGACAAUCUGCCUGGGCCAGAUACUCCUGCUGUAUAUGUUUCCAACCACCAGAGUUUUCUGGACAUAUAUACUCUUCUCACUCUGGGAAGAAGUUUCAAGUUCAUUAGCAAAACUGGGAUCUUCCUUUUUCCUAUUAUUGGAUGGGCUAUGUUUAUGAUGGGUACCAUUCCUCUGAAACGCAUGGACAGCAGAAGCCAGUUGGACUGCCUUAAGCGGUGCAUGGAUCUCAUCAAGAAGGGAGCGUCUGUCUUUUUCUUCCCAGAGGGAACUCGGAGUAAAGAUGGAAAAUUAGGUAGUUUCAAGAAAGGCGCGUUCAGCAUUGCGGUAAAAACCAGAGUGCCAGUUGUACCAAUUGUUCUCAUUGGAACAGGCAAAAUCAUGCCUCCAGGAAUGGAGGGUAUAGUGAAUCCAGGAUCUGUCAAAGUUGUCAUCCACAAGCCUAUAGAAGGAAAUGAUGCAGAAGUACUUUGCAAUGAAGCUAGAAACAUAAUUGCAGAUGUGCUUAAUCAGAAAGGCUGAGGAAUAAAUCCUUCUUUUUUGUCCUUUACUUCUACAGCUCCAUGGUGAUUCCCUUGCCAUGGAUUGAAUUAAGAUACAUAAUCCCAAAGGUACGAACUCUUUGUCCUGUUGCUUUCUCCUACUUAAUGUUAGUUGUUUCUUCAAUGCAACAUUUGUGUUGUAAGAAGGUGAUUGUUGCACAAGAGAAAAUGGAUUGUUCGAUUGAUAUCUUUAUUGAACAUUUAAACCAUUGUUUUCCUGCAUUUUAGAUAUGUGCUUCCCCAUCUCUCAGCACAUUUCUCCCACAGGAUAUACUACUAAUUUAAAUAAAUUUAAUGCAUAGCUUAUACUUUCUUCCUUUUUCCUUUUGCAGGUUGUGCAAAGCUGCACCAGCUGAAUCAUAUACAAAUCUUUUUGUUGCUGUAACAAUUCAGGCAUUUUGAGGUUAUGCCAUCGAACAUUUAACAUGAAGGUUUUACUUUAUCCCAAAGACUACAGAUUUUGUUUAAGGCUUUCUUUAGAUAACACAACAUGUGAUCACACAUUUCCUUCCAGUUUCAACUUGUAGAUCCAAUGCUGCUGAUGCCUUCAGCUUUUUAUAUUCGAAAGAUUACUAAAAUUGGAGAUGACUGUAUAAAGUGAUAUAUAAUAAGAAUGCAUUGUGUUUCAAUUA